AUGGAGAAAGCCUUAGCUAGCGCCAGCCUCGGAAAGCUAUGCCUGCUCCGCCUGCGUGGUCACGAUCGACAUCCAAUCUCAAGAGUACUGCGGCCUGCUGUGCGCACGCAAUGGAGGGGAGUGGAUCGACGGUGUCGGCGGGCCAUCACGUGCGUUCCUGCCGCACAGCUCAGCUUUGGACAGCCGGUCCACGAGACCCACCCCCAUCUGCUGAAGGCUGGGGAAGUAACACCCAACAUCUCUGCCCUGGAAUACUAUGAGCGCCGCUCGAAGCUUGCCAGAGAACUCGCCCCAGGCUCGAUCGUCAUCCUCGCCGCGUCAGACAUCAAGUACGCCUCUGGCGCUGUCUUCUACAAAUUCCACCAAGAUCCAGACUUCCUCUAUCUGACUGGCUUCAAAGAGCCUGAUGCGCUCGCGAUCAUCGAGAAGCUGGACGAGGAAGAACAUGUCUUCCAUCUCUACGUCCGGCCAAAGGACCCAAAGGCGGAGGCAUGGGAGGGUCCACGGUCUGGCAUUGAUGCGGCAGAGGACGUCUUCAACGCCGACGUGACAGGAAGCAUUGAUGAUAUUCCCAGGCUCCUACCUGAGAUUGUCAACCGCUCUGAAAUUGUCUACACCGAUCUCCCUCAGAGUCGCAUUACAAGGAACAUCCUCUCAAGAUAUCUGGCUGGCGCGGAACCCUCACGUACAGGAGGUAUAGCAAGUGUGUUCCGCGACUCAAAAGCUUCCAUCAGGCCACUACGCCCCUUGGUGAACGAAUUGCGGCUGAUAAAAAGCCCGGCGGAAGUCGAAAACAUGCGCCACGCUGGCAAACACUCCGGUCGCGCCAUCACAGACGCCAUGCGCCAAUCUUUCAGCACCGAAAAGGAUCUCGACUCAUUUCUAGACUACUGGUUCAAACAGGAUGGCUGCGAUGGACCUGCAUAUGUCCCCGUGGUUGCGGGAGGAAUCAACGCAAACACGAUCCAUUACGUCUCCAACGACAUGCAGCUCAAGGCAGAUGAGCUGGUUCUCGUCGAUGCGGGCGCACAAUACGGAGGCUAUGUGACAGACAUAACGCGCACAUGGCCUGUAUCUGGCAAAUUCACACCCGCGCAAAAGGACCUCUACAACCUCCUCCUCUCCGUACAAAGAACCUGUGUUUCCCUAUGCCGUACCAGCUCCAAAUUCACUCUCGACAAGCUUCAUCAAACCGCCAGUAAUUCACUUGCCGCUGGUCUAAAGGAUCUGGGUUUCAACAUGGAGCGCGACGCAAUACAAACAUUAUUUCCCCACCAUGUUGGACACUACGUCGGCCUCGACGUCCAUGACAGCCCUGGCCUGCCUAGGAGCAGGUUCUUUGAGCAUGGCAUGUGCGUUACGGUGGAGCCAGGCAUCUACGUUCCUAGAGAGGAUAGGUGGCCGAAAUGGGCCCAGGGAAUUGGUAUUAGAAUCGAGGACAGCGUGUGCAUUGACGAGGAGAGUCCAUAUGUGCUCACCACAGAGGCUGUCAAGGAGGUUGUGGACAUCCAAGCCUUGAAGGGCACACCAACAAAGUUAUAA